CCCUGGUGGUCAGUGUACGUCAUAGCAACUGGUCAUUCCAUGUUUGGUCGAUUUGCAUAUUAGCCUUUUAUUACAUAGAAUAAUUUAUAUACCAUACAAUUCGCUCAUUUAAAGUGGAUUUUAGUACAUCACAAUUGUAGGACGUUUUCAUCACUUCAGAAAGGACCACUGUACCGUACCUUCAGCUGUCACUCCUCGCCCCCACCACCACAGCCCUCGCUUUCCUAUCUGAGCAGCCACUAACAUGCUGUCUGUCUGGAUUUCUGGGCUCUGGACAUUUUGAGUGAAUGGAAUCAUGUGCCAUGUCGUCUGUGGUGACUGGCUUCUUUCACUCGGCACAGUGUUCUCAGUGUCCUCCAUGUUCAGCUGUAAGUCCUUCAUCCCUUUUCAUGGCUGAAUAAUAUUCCACUGCUUGAAUACACAGUGUUUGGGAAGUGUAAGCUUUGAUUCACAUUAAGAGCUGAAAAUUCUUGUUUUCUGCUAGUUUCAUUAGUUUUAAAAUGAUGUCGCAUGAUAACACCUACAAAAAUGCUUUAUGCUGGAUAUUGUGCAAAUUUUAUCCCCUUAAGUGGGACCAACUAAUCUCUCUCACUUAUUGUCAAUGUGCAAAACUAUUUUAUCUUUUUGAUUGUAGUUGACACAGUAUUAUAUUAGUUUCAGGUGUACAACACAGUAAUCCGGCAUUUCUCUCUCUUACGAGUGAUCAUGCUAAGUCUGGUGACCAUCUUGCACUGAAUGGAUUAUUACCAUGUUAUUGAGUAGAUUCCCUGUGCUAUGCGUUACCUCUGGGACUUAUUUUAGACCUGGAAGUUUGUACCUCUUAAUCCCUUCACCUUUUCGCACAUGGCCCCUCUCCCCUCCCACAGGCAACCAUCAGUCUGUUUGCUAUAGGGUUUGGUGUCACAUUGAUAUUUAAACAAUUUUUAAUGGUAAACUAUGUUUUCAUGUUCAUAUUAGAACAUUAGUUUUAAUCUUUUUAUGAUUAUAAAUUCAACAUUUCAAAUAUGUAUUCACUGUUUGUGUUCAAAUAGUAAAGUAGGGGCUUUCUUGAUUAGCCUUUCCCUUUAUGUAAGCAGUGUUUCUCUCUGUUGUAAAGUUGCUUUGCGGUCAUGUGGAUGUGCAAUAUGGAGUCAGUCACUUUGAUAAGUUCACCUGGGAGAGAGAGAGCCUUCUUUCUUACCAAAAGGCCGUAAGGAAAACGAACAACCAAAGGAACCGUGUCAGAUGCCAGUGUUACAUCGUUUUCAAAACAUCAAGACAAUGGCUUGAACUUUAAAGAAAAUUUGUUCAUCAACAUUAUUUUUAGCAGUUUAAGAAAAUACCUUUUUCAUCAACUUCAUGUUCAUGCGCCCUGUUUCAGUGGACAAAGUCCUCCCAGUUUGCGGCCGCAGGAAAGCGAUGGACGCGGAUGCUCGCAGAAUUGUCGGAGACUGCAGCGCAUCCCAGUGGACACGUCAGGAUAGCACCCGUUGCAGCGUCGUCUCCCACGAGCAUCCCCCGCUCAGCCUCCACGCCCACAGAGCCGCGUGAACAUGGCGUGGGUGAAGUUCCUGCGGAAGCCGGGCGGUGGCCUGGGGAAGGCCUACCAGCCGGGGAGCCUGCUGUCGCUGGCGCCCACCAAGGGGCUGCUCAACGCGCCGGGCCAGAACAGCUGCUUCCUCAACAGCGCCGUGCAGGUGCUGUGGCAGCUGGACAUAUUCCGGAGGAGCCUGCGGGCCCUGACGGGGCACGUCUGCCAGGGCGAGGCCUGCAUCUUCUGUGCACUGAAGGAAAAUAUCUUGGAGAGGAUCCACUUCCACAUCGUGCCCAGCCGGGACACGGACAUGUGCACCUCCAAGUGCUGCGUCGCGCACCAGAAGUUUGCCAUGACGCUGUACGAGCAGAAUUCGUGCGGUACAUUUCGACAACAGCCCUGUGCAACGAAGUUGGAAGAAUGACGGACAGGCAUGAGCGUGUGAGGCCUGAAAUGUUUGCGGAAUUGUUGCAAGCAGCGAACACCACGGAUGACUAUCGCAAGUGUCCCAGUAACUGUGGCCAGAAAAUAAAGAUCCGCCGCGUCCUGAUGAACUGCCCGGAGAUCGUCACCAUCGGCCUGGUCUGGGACUCCGAGCACUCGGACCUGACCAGCGACGUGGUUCGGAGUCUGGCAACGCACCUCUCUCUUCCCGGGCUUUUUUAUAGGGUUACUGAUGAAAAUGCCAAAAACAGUGAACUUCACCUCGUCGGUCUGAUCUGCUACACCAGCCGGCACUACUGUGCCUUCACAUUUCACACCAAGAGUUCCAAGUGGGUGUUUUUCGAUGACGCAAAUGUGAAAGAGGUGGGAACGAGAUGGAAGGACGUGGUCUCCAAGUGCCUCCGGUGCCACUUCCAGCCCCUGCUGCUGUUUUACGCCAACCCCGACGGCACGGCGGUUUCCACCGAAGAUGCACUCAGGCAGGUCGUCAGCUGGCCACAUCAGAGACCCGGGGUGGAAAAUAUGGGAUCUGAAAGGCCCUCGAUUUAUAAGUCAGAUAAUUCCAAAGAGAAUGGAUUUGGUGAUCAGGACAAACAGAGAGAAAAUCAGAAAUUUCAAACAGAUGACAUUUCAUCCUUCGGUCGGAGCCACAUCCCGGUGAGCAGUGGCCGAGGAACAGCUAAGUCGGGACCUAGCGACGCCCGCGAGAAGAUGAAGGGCCUCUCCAGGGAGUGUGCCCUGAAGGCGCUGGAGCAGAGGCGCCUCCUGUGCUCGCAGAAGAGGGAUGUGGGUCGGCACCGAGAUGUGCUGGAUGAAGACCUUCCACGCGUCAAGUCCAGAUCACCGCCUGCCCCAAACGGCUUCCGACAAUACGGCAGUCGCCCCUUGUCCCCCCGUCAGGGGCGGGGGCCGUGUGGCCAGGAUCCACCCACCCAGAGCCGGGCGUCUGCGCAAGUCCCGCGUGCGGGGAGGCCCCAGGCUCCUGGUCUGGGGGUGCAGGGCGACAGCGGCCCUGGGUACGAGACAGACAGCAGCCUGGACUCUCGGGGUAAAGGCAGCAGCCGCCACAGCAAGAGCGGGAGCCGAGCCUGGAAGCCCAUGAGAGAGACCCUGAAUGUCGACAGCGUCCUCAGCGAGAGUGAGAAACGGCAGCACAGUCCACGGCACAGGCCGAGCGCCAGUCACACGCCCAGGUGCAGGGACCAGAGCCCCAGCAGCUGGCCCCAGGGGCCGCCGAAGCAGAAGUGCUUGAUGACCAUCUACGAGGAUGAAGCGAGGCAGGAGCUGGGCAGCAGGCGUUCCCCCGACGGCCCGGGGAAAGGCCUCGCCGAGACGGGCGUCCCUGGUGACGCCUGGCAGGGGCAGAGGACUGAGUCCGGCAGUGAGAGCAGUGGCCACGUCAGCAGCGGCUCCGCCAGCCUGGACUCGCCGGGUGCAGAUGGUGCCGGGACCGCGGAGCCCGCCAGAGACCAGAGUAAGACAAGCAACCAAAAUACGGAACGUGUGAACUGUGCCUCCCAGCAGCGUGAAAACCACCUGGAAGGCUGCAGAAAAGAAUUCAAGAACUUGGAAGUAGGCUGUAAGUCUCAUGACCCAGAAUCACAUCCACAAAUAAAAAGCCCUGUGAUGAAAAGGUCCCGUGGACGCGACCCCAGCGGGAAGCUGCUCCCUGCGUCGGGGCCACACGUCCUCCGGGGCCUCCCAGCUGGUGAGCUCACCCUGUCGGGGGAGCAGAAGCCUGAACAGGCCAGCGAGUGCCAGUUUCCCGCGCGGCCAGAUGGAGGCAGCUCGGAGGGGGCAGGUGGGCUCUCUCACACCAAUGCCAGUCCUGCUUCUGGAAUGAGAACGAACAGCGAUGACUUCGCACCAGCCUCGGUGUGGCCCGCGCCCGGGAGAGCUGCGGGGCCCCCGCCCGCUCCUGCCCCCCUCGCCUGGCAGUGCACGGCCACGGACCCGUGUUCCCCGGAGACCUCCCCACUCAGGGGGCGCGGGGCUCCGUCCCCUCGCAGAGCCGACGGUGGUCAGGUGCCAAAACUCAUUUGCCAGAAUCCACCACCCCCUUUGCCACCAAAAAGGUAUGCUGUGACCGGGGUGCCACAGCCAGGGAAAAACAGGCCUGCACCCGCGGCCAGGCUCCCAGAGGCGCCCAGCGCUCGCUCAGCCGGUCCUCCGCCGCUCAGCACGGGGACGGCAGAACCGGGCUCGGCAGUGAGCGCCCCUUCCCGGGACGAAAGGCUCAAGCAGACGGUCCACGCGAGAGAGCGCGUGGGCGCCGCCCGGAACCCCCCGGCCAGCUCCGCCAGCGGUGCCCCGGCCGGCCUGGGGGCCGGUGUGGCUGCCUCGUGCCAACCAGCAGACUGGAGUCCGGCCUGUCCCGGGGAGCCCGUCUGCCUCACCACCUACUUCUCCGUCGACAGCUGCAUGACCGACACGUACAGGCUCAAGUACCACCAGCGGCCCAGGCUCUGCCUCCCCGAGCGCUCCGGCUGCGGGAGCGAGAACCCGGCCCCUCCGGGCGCAGGAGGCCUGGGGCCUGUGCUGCCGGACAGCCUCGGGGCAAGCUGCCCUCCUGAGCAAAGACACAAACCCAGUGUCCACUGUGAUAGAUGAGCCAGGACCCCGCCGCUCACGCUCAGAGGCCAUCACAGCAGGAGGGAGCUCGACGACCGAGCCUAGUGAGCAGGGAAAUGAAAACCCUGGUGUUUGUCAUUCGUCACUUUAGCUUUCUCUGUGUCCUUUUACCUCGAGACAAUCAACUCACUGGAUAUUUUAGAAAUCCCGUUGAGUAGUCUUGGCUUGCCUCGAAAAAUAGGGGCGAGCAGAAAGUCACUUAUGGUAUGCUGUCGUUGAAUAAAAACGGAGUCUGUCCCUUCAUUUUGUGAUUGGUAGAACCCCGAGUGUGAGAGUCCCCAGAACCCUGUGCUAGCUGAAACGUGCCAGGGGAUGUGUAGCGGUAGCCAAACCCGGCUGGGCUUUCUGAACAGGCACUUUCUCGUGGGGCCAAAGGCCACUUGGCCAGCCCAUGGGUUCCGACUUCUUAGACAAUACCAACCCGUGAAAUGGAUAGCAUUUGGGGGAAAAGCCUUAAUGAUAGACAUUUUUAAAAUACAUUUUUUAUUGAUUUCAGAGAGGAAGAGAGAGGUAAAUAGAAAUACAAACAUCAUGAUGAGAGAGAAUCAUUGAUCAGCGGCCUCCUGCACGCCCCAUACUGGGGUUCG